AGGUCUGUGACCGUCUGUCAGUCAAACCUGCGCAGGACGAUUCAUCGGUCGGAAGUCUGUGAUUGACUAGGACCAUCACCUCUACUACCCUUCAUCUUCACCUCAUACUGUAGACUGUCUGCGCUCAUGGUUAUAGACCAAUUAUAACUGAAUAUGCAUCGUAAUGGCUUUGCCAAGGGUCACCUUGGAAUCCUGCUGCUUUCCUACCUUCCAUUGGCAACUCUGCUCAAUCCAACAUGCAACCCGGGAAAACCAGGAAUGUUGAAUGUUCACUUCGUGUGUCAUACCCAUGAUGACGUCGGCUGGCUGAAAACAGUCGACCAGUACUAUUAUGGAGCUAAGAGCUCUAUCCAGAGAGCCGGAGUGCAGUACAUUUUGGACUCUGUUGUCAGCGCGCUUCUCGAAGACCCGACCAGAAAGUUUAUUUAUGUGGAAUCCGCUUUCUUUUUCCGCUGGUGGGACGAACAGACUCCCGAACUGCAAGAAAAAGUCAAGAUGCUGGUAGAUGAGGGUCGUCUGGAAUUCAUCAACGGAGGCUGGUGCAUGAACGACGAGGGGGCGGGGCAUUACAAUGCAAUUAUCGACCAAAUGACUCUCGGACUUUCGAAAAUAAACGAGACAUUUGGGAGCGGAGCGAGACCCACAGUCGCUUGGCAGAUUGACCCAUUCGGACACUCCCGUGAGCAGGCAAGCUUGUUCGCCCAGAUGGGAUUUGAUGGCUUAUUUUUCGGUCGCCUGGACCACGACGAUAAAAGCAACCGGUGGGCCAACAAAGAGCUGGAAAUGGUUUGGGAGGCAAGUGCUAAUCUCGGUAAAGAUGCUUGGCUGUUCACUGGAGUUCUUCCUAAUGGAUACGGACCUCCUAGUGGUUUCUGCUUUGAUAUUCUCUGCAACGAUGAUCCCAUAAUGGACGAUCCUAGACUUCGCGAGUAUAACGUAGACAACAGGGUCGACGAGUUUCUGAGAGCUGCAGCGUCCCAAGCUAAUGGCUAUGCAACUCAAGAUAUUAUUAUGACCAUGGGAAUGGAUUUCCAUUACACCUAUGCACAUUCCUGGUACAAGAACCUCGACAAGUUGAUCAAGUAUGUCAAUGCUCGUCAGCAAAAUGGCUCUAAUGUGAACGUGUUUUACUCUACUCCAUCGUGUUACCUUGAUGCACUCAACAAGGCCAACAUGACAUGGCCUACCAAAACAGAUGACUUCUUCCCCUAUGCAUCAAAUAACCAUUCGUAUUGGACUGGCUACUUCACCUCCAGGCCAACUCUGAAGGGAUUUGUUAGGCAGUCAAACAAUUUUUUGCAGGCUGUAAAGCAGAUAUCUAGUCUCCUUGAAAUGGGUCAGGAUCCUCGCCUUGAGCGCCUCAAAAAUGCAAUGGGUGUCAUGCAGCAUCAUGAUGCCAUAACUGGCACUGCUAAACAGGCUGUUACUGAUGAUUAUUAUGCAAGAUUAACCGAGGGAGUAACAGAAUCAUUUAACCUUGUGGCCGAAGCAUAUGGCAAACUUCAGCCGUCUGUUCCUGAGGCAGAAGCCAAAGUGACUCCAGUCUUUUGUCCCUUGCUAAAUGAAUCAUCUUGUACACUGUCUGAGACUUCGCCUUCCUUUAUUGUAACUUUAUACAAUCCUCUUGGGAAACCACGAAUGAGGUAUCCUGUGAGAGUUCCUGUGCCAAAGGAUAUUGCUUACAAGGUUACAGAUCACCAAGGUAAUGCUGUUGCUUCCCAACUGGUUCCUGUUCCCGAAAAUGUUUUGAACCUUCCUGGACGAAAGUCUUCAGCAGAAUUCGAACUAGUUUUCAUAGCAGAUAUUAUACCACCCUUGGGUUUUACGCAGUUCUUUGUACAAAGAACAGAAAACCGUUUGUUCUACAAAACUCAGCAGUCAAAGAUCAUUGUACCACAAACAGAAGAGGAGUUGACCGUCAAGUUUAAGGAAAGUUUGUUACUUGUCUUUGACAAAACAACACACCUUUUGAAUGCCAUUGGAAUUGAAGAAGGAGGAGAAAUGAAAACUCUAAAGGUCAAUCAAACUUACCUGUGGUAUGCAGGCAUGCCAGGUAAUAAUGUUGGAGAGAAGAACAGGGCUUCAGGAGCAUAUAUUUUCAGACCUAAUGGAACUUCUCCCUUCACCAUUGCAGAUAAAGUUAACAUCACUAUUAUCCAAGGUGACGUUGUGACCGAGAUCCACCAGACAUGGUCUUCAUGGAUGAGCCAAGUCAUGAGAAUCUAUGAUGGAGACUUACUGAGCAUUGAAAUGGAAUGGCUUGCUGGACCCAUCCCAGUUGAUGAUCAUAUUGGAAAAGAGAUCAUAAAUCGAAUUGUUUGGGGUGAUACAUCUACAGGUGGUACAUUUUACACCGACUCAAAUGGAAGGGAGAUUCUUCAACGUAUAAAGGACUACCGUGAGACUUGGACCCUUAAUAAUCAGGAACCAGUAGCAGGUAACUACUAUCCAGUCAAUUCAAGAUUAAUGAUUCUUGGUAAAAAUGGCUUCAUGGCAGCACUUCUCAGCGAUCGAUCACAGGGAGGCACCUCGCUUGAUGAUGGUCACAUGGAACUGAUGAUUCAUCGCCGUUUACUUCAUGAUGACAGUUUUGGAGUUGGAGAGGCACUUAACGAAGAAGCCUUUGGAGAAGGUUUGGUAGUGAGGGGUAAACAUCACCUCAUCUUCAGUGACCUUGCACCACCUGGGUGUGACUUUGGAUGUCUGCAGCGCAGCCUCGGUGAAAGGGUGAUGAUGCCACCCAUCAUGAGUUUCAUGUCCACCACUCUUCCUCAACAAACCUGGAAGGAAACUUAUAACACGCAGUGGUCAGGAUUACAGCAAUCAUUACCUUUGAAUGUUCACCUGCUGACCCUGGAACCCUGGCUGGAUGGUACACUCCUCUUACGACUUGAACACAUGUAUGAAUUAGAAGAGAGCAACCCUCAUAGCAAACCUGCCACUGUCGAUCUUAAGGACAUGUUUUCUUCCUUGGAAGUUAUAUCAGCUGAAGAAAUGAAUCUGGCUGCCAAUCAACUCAAGAAAGAUGGAAAACAAUACCACUGGGCUGUGGGAACUUCUCAUCCUUCUACCAAUGACAUUGACAGUAUUACUGGAAGCAGAUAUGGAGAUGCUGUUGAUGAUGGAUUUACCAUUACUCUGCAGCCAAUGGAGAUUAGAACCUUUGUUCUCAUGGUUAAAAAGUCAACUAAGCUCCAUUAGUAACAACAUUUUUGAUAAUGCAUGGAUAAUUACUUGUUAUUGCCAAUAUAUUACAUAUUUCACCUGCCACUGAAUACCUGGCAUCAUUGUUUUUUCUUGGUCUUUUUUAUUAUUACAAAACUGUUGGUGAAGGGUUAACUUGAAAUUAUUUUAAAUUCUUUUCUUUUAAGCUGCACAGCGCACUUCUUGUUUUACUGACAGCACUUUCUUGUAAUGCAUAUCAAUAAAAUUACACUUUGCA